AUGAUCAACAGCAAUAACAAAUAUCUUCCUCACCCACAUAUCAACAUAAAAAAAUCAUCACCUACAUCAAGUAUCGAACGCCAAUCUUUUUCAUCUUCUUCAUCAUCACCACUACCAACACAAACACAACAAUCAUUUACUUCAGAUACAUCCAUUAUUGAUAGAAAUUGGUUAGAACAACAACAUAUACAUGAUACUAAUACACAUUGUAUAUUACCAUCAACAUGUCAUGAUCAUUCAAACACAAAACAACUAUCAAAUCAUGAAGUGAAACAAUUAAUCAAACAUGUUUCACAAGCACUUUCAACUACAAAUACUUCUUCAACCACAAGUACUAGUCCACCAUCAUCAUCAUCAAGCAAUCUAAUGGAAACAAUAAUUGAACGAUUACGUGCAAAACCUUCAAGUGAAUUAUUACGUAGUCUAUCACUAUUAGAUAAUACUCUACUUCAACAAUCUGAAUCAUCAAAUACAACAACAACAAAUAUUCCUCUUCAAAAUCGUCCAUAUCCAUCAGAAUCUAUAAGAUUGCCUUUUGAUGAAGAAGCUCAUUUACAUCGUCUUAUCAAUGCUCAAAAUGAAUUAUUAAGAAAAUAUGAAAAUGAAAUUAUUCAUAAUCGACAAUAA